AUGGGGCGGGCUCGGCGCCAGUUCAGAGCCCUGCUCUGGAAGAACUGGCUCUGCAGACUCCGGCACCCGGUGAGUGAGUGCUGCGUGUUCCCAAACGAGAGGAACAUGCAGGUCCUUUCCCUCGCUGAAUUCUUCUGGCCGUGUAUCCUGUUCAUGAUUCUGACAGUACUUCGUUUUCAAGAACCUCCCAGACAUAGAGACAAUUGUUAUUUGCAACCCCGGGAUCUGCCCAGCCGGGGCGUUUUCCCCUUUGUCCAAAGCCUUCUUUGCAACACCGGGUCGAGGUGCAGGAACAUAAGCUAUGCAGGGUCAACGGAGCACCAUUUUCGUUCUUCUAGGUUCCAAACGGCAGCUGGCCAUCACAAGAAGCUCAAUGACCUGGCCUUCUUAAAGGAGAUGCAGGACCUUGCUGAAGAAAUUAAUGAAAUGAUGGACAAGGCAAAAAACUUGCAAAAACUUUGGGUGGAAAGAUCCAAGACUCCAGAUUCUUCUUAUGGUUCCAGUUUUUUAACAGUGGAUCUCAAUAAGACCGAGGAGGUGAUAUCAAAAUUAGAAAGCCUUCACCAGCAGCCCCACAUCUGGAAUUUUCUACUUUUACUGCCGAGACUAUAUGCAGGCAAUGUCCACGUUGAAGAUGGCAUACGUGGUGGACAACACCUUCUCCAGGCAGUUUUGAAUUCCUUAACAUCUCUAGAAGAUUUAGAUUGGCUGCCACUCAACCACAACGUUUCCAGGGUUUCUGAAAUCGUGCUGAAUGUGAGCAUUUCGACGUUGGCACUUCUGCAAGAGCAUGGUGUAACAGCCACUGAGUCAGGAUACAACCUGUCCCUGCAGAAGCUGAUGCCAGAUCCACAGAAGGUCCAGGCUGACCUGAAAUCCCAAUUUGGUUUUGAUGACCUUCAUGCGGAACAAAUCAUGAAUUAUUCAGCUGAACUACAGGAGAUGCCCACAGAUAGUUCCUUGGAGUGGAUGGUGUGUUCAGUCUUGUCCCACACCUCCGAGGACGAAGCUGACAGAGAGAGUCACCCUGGAGACUGUCACCCCAGGUGGUCAGCGGCUAAAGAUGACCUGGUCAAUGUGGUCAGCUGGCUGCAAGUCUACGAACAGGUGUUUGAUCAGUGGCGAAAGGGCAGCCUACUUCAGAAGGUGCUCACAGGGACUGGUCUCAGUCUGGAGGCUCUCAGAAAUCAGUUUGAGGAAGAAAGUGAGCCGUGGAAGGUGGCAGAAGCUUUGCACACUACGCUUCUCCUCCUGAAUGAUAGCUUGGCAGAUGGCCCAAGAGGCAACCAGACAUCUCCGAAGACAUUACUGCAUCUACAGAAAUUGCAGAGUGUUCUUCGAAACCUGCCCCAGUGGCCUGCUCUGAAGACAUUGCUUCAGCUUGAUGGUGCUUUCAGGAAUGCGAUGGCCCAGAAUUUACAUUUUGUCCAAGAAAUCCUCCUUUGCCUGGAGACAUCAGCUAACGACUCUACACUGGGUGGACCUGGCCAAUGGAAACUGGAAAAGGACGUGUUCUUUUGGGAGUUAAAGCAGUUGUUGAUGAAGAAUGCUACUGACCUGUGCCUCGGUGGAUGCUUGUCUGAGAGGGAGGCCCUCCUGCAUCCUGGGAACUCCAGCGUCUGCGAGGGCCUCUGGGGACUCAUGUGUCGUCACAACUCCUCCAGUGAGACCAGUGCUUUAAACAACCUACUUGGCUCAGUAAAGGAGGCUGAUCAUCUUUUGCAAGAGGUCAUUACUGGGCACACAAAUAUGCCAGUUUCGAUACCUGAAGGAUAUUUGGGCUGGCAGGAACUGGAGGCACAGCUGUUGGCAGUGAGCCUUUCCUGUACUCGGCUCUUCGGGCUGCUGGGAGCUGACAUCUCAACUGGAAAUAGUAACUUUUCUUGUGACUGUAAAGACCAACUUAUCUCCACAGUGAUAUUUCAUACACUGGAAAAAGCACAGUCGUCCCUGGAACAGACCCACUACUGGAAAGCCUUCAUGAGAUUUGUCAGGAAGACUUGUGAAAUGGCUCGACAUGUGAAUAUGCAAGAAAGUUUCCAGAACAGUCUGUCUGCUUUCUCUGAGGACUCUCCUUGUUAUGAAGAAAAUAUGGAUUGGAAAAUCAUCAGUGAGAAUUAUUUUGCAUUUUUUAAUAACUUACUCAAGUCUCCAAUAGCUUCCAUAUCCAGGGUCUUAAAUUCCACAAAGAAACUUCUAAUGAUGGAAAAGAAGUUGCAUACCCUUGAGGACGAGCAAAUGGACUUUCUUUUAUCAUUUGUGGGUUUUUUGGAGAAAUUAUUAUUGCCUAAUCUUUUCAAUUCAUUUGGUGUUCCCAAAUUCGAUAACCUCCCAUCUCUCACUGAGACUAUUCUGAAUACAAGUCAUUUGUGGAUAAAUCAUUUAAAAAGUUUAGAAAGGGAUUUAUCUGCUAUUGAUGUUCAGAAAUCUUUGGAAUUUGGCAAAGAAGUGAGUGAAAAAAUACAAACUCUUGGAACUCUCCGGAUAAGGAAAGAAUCAAGAAAUAUUUUGAGAUUUAUGGAAUUAAUACUUUUUGAAAUUAACCCCAAGCUACUGGAAUUGUGGAUGUAUGGCAUUUCAGAAGGAGAAAGAGCUAAAUUAGAAACCUUGUCUACACUUUUAAAUUUUUCUGUUCCAGAGGAUGAGAUGCUUCUUAGUAAAAGCUUUAACUUUUCCCAGUUGUUCCAUUCAGAUUGGCCUAAAUCACCAGCUGUGAAAAUGGAUUUUGUAUAUUUAAGUGAAACUGUAAUAAAUAGUCUCUAUGAAUUUGGAUUUCUGAGGCAGGAAGAAGUCUCAGAAGCUCUGGACACAGUCUAUGCUAUAAGGAAUGCAUCCCAUCUUUUCUCAGCCCUUUCUGAAUCUCAAAAACAAGAAAUUGAUGAAAUUUUGACUUAUAUAUAUCUAAAUGUCUUCAAAGACAAAGAUUCAGCUUUACUUCUUCAGAUUUAUUCUUCGUUUUACCAACAUAUUUAUAAAUUCUUGAGCAUUCAGACUAGACAGUCUUUGCUAUCUUUCCUUACACAACUCUCAGAACACAUUUUGGAUAUCAUAAAGCAAUUUAAUUUCCAAAACAUCAGUAAAGCUUUUGCAUUUUUAUAUGAGACAACACGGGUUCUUGAGGGAAUUUCUGAUGUAUCUUAUUGUCAGCAAUUGCUUUCAAUUUUUAACUUUUUGGAGAUUCAAGCCCAAUCUCUGAUGUCUACAGAAGGCCCAGAAUUGGAAGUGAUCUACGCUGCUUUGACUGGUCUCAAACGGCUGCUCAUAGUAGAUGGAGAUUUUCGUAUUUCUUUAUUUCAAUAUAUAAGCCAACUCUUCAAUGAAUCAGUAGAAGCCCUGCUGGGUAAUGAAUGCUUUGCAUUGGAUAACAAAAACAUUUCUUAUGUCAAUUAUUCCAUAGAUGGUGGGUCUUUGUUUAUUCUUCCAUGGGCACAAACUCUUUCAAAUUUCUCCACAAAUGGCAAUGUGUUCAAUGAGUUUAUGGCUGUUCACUGUACCAUUUCAUGGCUUCAAAUGUGGACUGAAAUCUGGGGAAGCAUAUCUCAAAUAUUCAAGUUUGACGUGAAUGUUUUCACUCCUCUUCAUGUUGGUGUCACUCAGCUUUUGGAUGAAUUGGAAAGUGAUGUGAAAAUUUCUAAAAGCUGCCAGGGAGUAUUUCCCACCCAUCGCCCGGCUAGACUCAUAUUAAGUUUGUUUAAAAAUGUAACUCAAGCAGAUGGCUUCCAUGAUUGGGAUGAUUUUCUGAAUCUCAGGAACCUCUGGGUAGCAUUAGGUGAUGUGUUAGUUAGAGUAAAGUCACUUAACCCAGACCAAAUAGAAAAAUCCCUUUUCACCAUGGAAACCGCCCUGCAUCAGCUAAAGGCAUUUCCAUUAAACACAAAUGCAAGCAGAGAGUUUUUAUAUUCUCUGUUUGAUGUUUUCAUUGAAUUAAGCAAUUCCUCAGAAUAUAUAGAUAGAAAUGUACAUUUGAUAAAUCACUUACUUUCAAAUAACCUCACAAAUUAUGGAGUAAAGUUUGAAAGUGUCAUCACAAAGUUAAGAGAAACAAUGUUAUUUCUUAGAAAUGUGUCACACGACCAAGAUUUACUGUCCUGUGCUGAUAUUUUUCAAAAUGUUACCGAGUUUAUUUUGGAAGACAGCUUAUUAUAUGUAAACACUUCACAGAGGCCAUUACGUAUUCUGGCCAUGUUAAAUUCCACAUUUUCCUCUGAGGACACAAUUAGCAGACUGAAACGAUGCAUUGCAUGGGUAGACAUUAUAAACCGUCUGUACAUGAUGUAUAAUUCUAGUUUUUCACAAGGCCAUCUUCAGGGAAUUUUGAGGAGUUUCGAAGAUGUGGAAAACAAAAUUAACUCUACGUUGAAGCUUGUUACUUGGAUGUUAAAUAUCAAGGAACAACAUUGUUCACUGAAUAAGUCAAAUAUAAAUUGUGUGAAUAUUAACUUGAAAAAUGUAACUGACUUUCUCAAUGUUAUACUUACUGCAGUCUUUGAAAAGGAAAAGAUACCAAAAUUCCAGAUUUUAUUAACUCCUUUAAAUGACUCCACAAACCAAAUAAGGAUGAUUAUCAAUAACUUAACAAGAGACUUUGAUUUUGCAUCUCAGUCCAAUUGGAAACAUUUUACUGAAUUAAUUCUAAGACCCAUAGAAAUGUUAGAUGAAAUUCCUAGCCAAUUUCAAAAUAUUUGGCUGCAUUUAGUAGCUCUGGGGAAAGAAAUUCAAAAACUUAUGAAAGAUAUUUCUGCUAACGUCCUGGAAAAUAACUCCUCUUCUAAAACUGAAAAGUUGUUAAAUAUAUUUGCUAUCAGUCCAAAAGAAGAAGAUACAAACAGUUUAGGCAAUUCAUUUUAUCAUUUGGCUAGUUACCUUGCCUUCGAUUUAUCUCAUGAUCUCCAAAAUUCAUCAAAAAUAACUCCACAUGAAAUAACCAAAGCUGUGGGUCUUGGUAUUCAACUGGUUAGGGAUGUGUUCAACUCCCUAAUGCCCUCAGUUUAUCACAAUAUUCUACAAGAUCCAGGUAAUAUUCAGGUUUUAAAGAAGGUAACUUCUCUCCUGCGCACUCUCAAGAAGACAGAUAUAGACCUGCUAGUAGGUCAACUUGAACAAAUUAGUGAAAGCCUAGUGGAUUUCUUUAAGAAUAUCAGUAGAUCAGGUACUGGCAAUUUGGAGGUCAACGUGCUUGUUGGCUUGAUGGAGAAAUUUGUAGACAGCUCACAUUCUUGGAAUGUGAAUCAUCUGCUGAAGCUCUCACACCUAUUUCCUAAAGAUGAUGUUAAUGCUGUGGUAGAUACGUACUACGCGCUUCCUCAUGCUGCAAGACUCCUGAAGAGACUAGUUGACAAAAACAUCACAGAAGCCCUCAAGGAUGUCUAUAACUUCACAUUCUUUCAUGGUAUAAGCAUUUCAAAUGUCACCAAGGAAGACUUUGCUGUUGUGAUAAAAACUCUUUUGGACACAAUUGAAUUAAUAUCAGAAAAACCAGAUAUUCUUUCAGAGGCUUUAACUUGCCUUCCUGUGGUUUGGUGCUGGAAUCACACUGCGUCUGGAUUUCAGCACAAUCCAAAGUUAGCAGCCUGUAAUGCCCAGGAGCUCAUGUCUUCUUCCUUUUACAGCAAAGUGGCCAGUAUACUUGACCACCUCCACCUGUCUCCCCCAUCUGAAGUUUUACAAUGUUCAAAUGAAAGCUCACAGACGGAAAUAACUAGGAAAGUGGUCUGUGUAGUUCAUGAAUUAGUGGACUGGAAUUCCAUUCUUCUAGAGGUGUCUGAAGUUUUCCAUGUUAAAACUUCGCUUGUGAAAACUGUGCAAGAAUUUUGGAAUAAGGUGUUACCUUUUGUCCUGUCUUCUGGAAAUCAAAGCAAUGACAUUGUCUCUGAAAUUUGUCCUGGUGGUCCCAUAAAGCAAGUUGCUUUGCAAAUCAUAAAAAAAUUAAAAAAUGUCAACUUUACAAAAGUUACAUCAGAUGAAAACAUUCUUGAUAAACUAGCUAGUUUAAACAAGAUUCUUAAUAUUAAUGAAGGCAUAGAGGCACCUGUUCGAAAUAAUAUUUCCUUAAAUUUGGAAAGGAUAAUAAACUCACUUUCUAGGGAUCAGAGCCUGGAAAAUAGCACUCAUUCUCUAGUCUCUCCAUUCGUGACAUUUCUGAAUGCAAACCUCACAGGUAGUAGUUUAGAAAUGCUAUCAAGUUUUAUUAAAAAAAGUGAAACAGCUUACAACUUUGAAGAACGAUGGCUUGAAUUUGAACAAACCAUGAAAGAUCUAACCCAUGACUUUAAUAUCAGACCCCUGUUCUCUGAAGUUAACAAAGAAAUUCAAAUUAUCAAUUCAGUGGCUCUUCAAAACAUAACUUUGCAACUUGCCCAUUUUUUGGAAAGCCUGGGUUCAUCAUCGUUGAAGGCAUUAGAAAUUAUUGAAGAUCUUUUAUUGGUCGCAAAAAACUGGCUUCAUAAACAUGCAAAUGAAGAAUACUCCAGAAUGAUACAAACCUUAUUUCUUCUUAUGGCCAAUGAGAGUUCAAUUGAUGAUGUUUUGUUGACUAAAGAUAUUGCUACCUUUUUGGAUUAUCUCAAAAACAUUUCUAGAAAAGGAAAUUUUGAUGUUGCCCUUCUAACUCAUCUGCUAAACCAAGAACAGCUAACUAAUUUCUCAGUUGUUCAGUUGCUUUUUGAAAGCUUCCUAAUUAAUUCAAUCAAUAACUUAGCUGGGAGUUCUCAAGAAGCAGCCUUGAAUUUAAGUGAUACUGACCUUCAAAUAAUAAAUUUCAUUAACUUCACUUUGAACCAUACACAGUCAGAAAAUGGUAAGAGAAUAAUUCUCCCUCCAAGAGACAUAGUGGAUUUCAUGGCACAGCUUUUGAAAACAUUCUUCUUUUUACUAAAGGAAAAUUCUGAGAACAAAAUAUCUCUUGUGCUAAAAGACCUCAACAAAGAUAUCGUGGCAGAGAUGAGUUUUGUCCCAAAGGAUAAAAUUCUAGAAAUUCUGAAACUGGAUCAAUUUCUUGCCGCCAUGAAAGAAGACAGAUUGAUGAGCAUUUUUUCAAGUUUAAAGGAGACUAUAUAUCAUCUAAUCAAAAGCUUAUUUAUAUUAGACAAUGGAGAAUUUUAUUUUGAUAAUCAUCGAGGACUGAAGUUCAUGCGAGAUUUAAUUAAUACUUUUCUAGGGGAAAUCUCAGUGAAAAAUAAGGCUGAAAAUAAUUUGGAGUUUCUUACUGUGGUGAGUCAGUUGCUUUUCCAUCUGAAUAGUUCUGAGGACCUCUUCAAACUCAAUCACAAUCUUCGGUCAGCUCUUCACCUUGUGAAAGAAGCUUCAAUAGAGAUAGCAAGUCUUAUGGGUACCCUUAUAAACUCUCCUAAUAAGGACUUCCGUACCUUGUAUCCUACACUCAAAGAAGUUAUACUUGCUAAUUUAACUGAUUUGCUUUCCUUUAUAAAUAAUUCAUUCCCUCUAAGAAACAGAGCAACAUUACAAAUUACUAAGAGAUUACUUGGUGUUAUUUCAAGAGCUGGUGGAGAAAGUCGUGUCCCGGAACCCAUCUUGGAAAUGUCCAAUACUCUGAUCAUGCUGGUGAGUGACAGUGCUGAAAUGAGAGAUCUUGCCACAUUGGUGAACUCCACUGUGAAACUCUUUAAGCUAGCCAAGGAAGUUUCGAGGACGAUGGCCACUAUUUUUGAAACUCAUUUCAUCUCCAAAACUAAUGACACUAUGAAAUUCUUUGACACCCUUUAUUCCAUUUUGCAACAAAGUGUUCGAAAUGUUGUGAACGAAAUAACUACUUUGAAAAAAGUAGAUUAUUUAAUAUUUGAAAAUAUAAAUGACUUGUUGAUGCCAUUUCUUGACUUGGCCUUUGGAAUGAUUGGGGUCAAACCUAGUAAUAUUUCACAAGACUCUGAUAUUUUCAAUAUGUCAUCUAGCAUAUUCUCAUAUGUGAACCAGUCCAAGGACUUUUCUGAUGUUUUGGAAGAUAUUGCUGAAUUUUUAACUUCUGUGAAAAUCAAUUUGGGAGCCUUGGAACAUCUUGUGGCAGCAGUUAAUAAUGGGACUCAAAUAUUUUCUAUGGAUUCUGUCAACUCAUGGGAAGAAAUCCUGGAUUGCUUAGUUCCUAUAAAUAACAUCACCAACCAGAUAGACCUCUUACAUCCUGACCCAAUUUCCACUCAUAUUUUCCCUCAAGAUACAAAGUGGGAAAGAACUAAUGAAGUGAUCCUGUUUUUGGAUGAAAUAAUAUCGCAAAACAGCACAGAAAUAGGGAUGUACUUGAGAAUUGUGAUUGACCUCAUCUUAGAAUCUCUUUGGAAUCACUUAGAGAAGGAUGACUGGAAUGUUUCUAAUUUGUUGCUGACAUUUGCUCAGCAUCCAAAUAACCUUUUGAAAGCCAUAAAAACAGUUGUAGAGGUCUCCAGUGGAAUGAAAAGUGACUAUGGAGGUGAUUUGAGUAAAGCUUUGUUUUUCAACACCUCUUUGAUUCAGAAUGUGACUCAUCAACAACUUGAAGAAGCAAUCCAGAUUGUGUUAAGUAGAAUAGCUCUCUUGAGGAAAGAGCUUCUCCGAAACAACUCCCAGUGGAUAAAUUCCAUAAGAACUUUGUUUCAGCCUGCUUUUGAGAUUCUUAUUAAUGCAACCCCUGGAAAGAAUAUCACGUCAGGAGAGGAAGAGAGGACCAAGAAAGAGAUGACAGAUCUUCCUUACAUCCUCAACCCAUUAUCGUGGUUUGAGAGAUAUGUGAAAGAAGUAAUUGCGUUGACUGAAUAUUGGCAAAAGGUCCCACUGACAGAUCAAAGUGUUGUUGAAAUGUGUCAGGUCUCCUGGCAGCCUUUGAAGCCCCCGGAAGCCAUCGCGGCUCUGCAGAAAGUGAAGAUGCUGGUUCUGCGUGCGCUCAUCAUCUUUGCAGAAAACCCUUCCUUGACCAAGGACAUCCUGUGUGCCUCUCUGAGUUGCAAGCAAGGCCGGAUAAGGCCUCUCAUUUUAUCUGCUCUACAAGGGGUCCCUUUGGUGCAUGACUACUACCAGGAGAUGGAAAAGAUAUGGUCCUCACCCCAUCAGCUAAAUUGUGAAAGUCUUAGCAGGAAUCUUUCUAGCACCUUGGAAAUCUUCAAGAGCAACUUGGAAAAUGUCACGGAGCGGGACUGUGACUGCCAGCCCGUGCUGGACUCGACUCGGCAGCGCAUGCACACGUUGGCCCAAAGCCUUGAGAAGACUUUGCUGUCUGGGAAUCCCAUUAUGACUUUUCUUAGCAAGUUCACAGUAACUGAGAAUGUAAAAGUAAAAGAUUUGAUGAAGAACAUCACCAAGUUAACUGAGGAGCUUCGAUCUUCUGUCCACAUCUCAGAUGAAACGAUCAAUAGCAUUUUAGAAGCCAAUAUUUCCCAUUCAAAGGUUCUCUGGAGUGGCCUUACGGUGGCUUUAUCUGGAAGGUGUGAUCAGGACGUUCUUCGUCUCCUGCUGGUGUUUCCUGAGGAUGAAAAAUCGUGGUUUGCAACGAAAGAACUGUGCAGCCUGCCCAGGGCUAAAGUGUAUUCUCUGAUUGUGUUGAUGAGUCGGAACCUGAACCUACGGAAUUUCAUUUACAAGACUCUGAUCCCUUCGGAAGCCAGUGGCAUGCUCGGCUCCCUGCUGGACGUCGUCUCCAGGCUCAGCCACCUGCUUCCCAAAGCCGGCCACGUCCUUGCAUACUUGCCUGAAUUUCUUCACACGUUUAAAUUCGCUGCCUUGCUAGACAAGCCCGACUUUCAACGGGCUCCACAGAAGCGCCAGGCCAGAAGUUCAGCCUUUGGUUCUUUCCAGUCUGUGAUGAAGAUGGUUUGCAAGGAGCAAGCGUCUUUCCUUAGCAGCUCUAGCACGUUUAUUAACUUGCCCAGAGUUAACGAACUCUUGGGAGAUGACAAAGAAAAAUUCAACAUUCCUGAAGAUUCAACACCAUUUUGCUUGAAGCUUUAUCAGGAAAUUCUACAGUCUCCAAAUGGUGCUUUGGUGUGGUCCUUCCUAAAGCCUAUAUUACAUGGAAAAAUACUGUACACACCAAAUACUCCAGAGAUUAAUGAGGUCAUUCAAAAGGCUAAUUAUACUUUUUAUUUUGUGGACAAGCUAAAGACUUUAUCAGAAACAUUGCUGAAAAUGUAUGCCAUUUUCCAGAGCAAUGGAAAUGGCCAGAUGCUCAACCAGCUGCAGGAAUCCCUGAGAAACAAAUUUAUAAGGAACUUUAUAGAAAGCCAGUUGCACAUUGAUGUAGACGAACUGACUGAGAAGCUCCAGGUGUAUGGAGAGAUGCUGCACAAGAUGUUGAACCACAUGGACGCCGGACGCAUCCGUUUCCUGGGCCGUGUCUUGGUCAAUCUGUCCUCCUGUGUGGCGUUGAACCGUUUCCAGGCGCUGGAGUCUGUCGCCAUCCUGGAGUCUACAGCACAUGAACUCCUGCAGCAGAACAGUUUCUUGGCCAGUAUCAUAUUCAACAGUUCCUUAGUUGGCAAGAACUUCAGGUCAAAGCCUUCCCAGCUGCCACCCCACAUCACAUACACAAUCCGGACCAGUGUCUUAUACAGCAUGAGAACAGAUUCGGUGAAAAACCCUGUUUGGAAGUUCCAUCCUCAGAGCCUACCAGCUGAUGGUUUCAAAUAUAACUACAUCUUUGUCCCUUUGCAAGACAUGAUUGAAAGAGCCAUCAUCUUGGUGCAGACGGGGCAGGAAGUUGUGGAACCGGCUGCACAGGUGCAGGCCAUCCCGUACCCGUGUCACACCAGAGACCUGUUCUUGAACCACGUCGGUUUCUUUUUCCCGCUAAUAAUGAUGCUGACAUGGAUGGUGUCUGUGGCCAGCAUAGUUCGAAAGCUGGUUUAUGAGCGGGAGAUCCAGAUAGAAGAGUACAUGAGGAUGAUGGGAGUGCAUCCGAUGAUCCAUUUCCUGGCCUGGUUCCUGGAGAAUGUGGCCAUGUUGGCCAUAAGCAGUGCCGCCCUGGCCCUCAUUCUGAAAAUAAGCGGCAUCUUCGCAUACAGCAAUGCCUGUGUUGUUUUCCUCUUUCUCCUGGAUUUUGGGGUGUCAGUCAUCAUGCUGAGUUACUUUUUGAGUGCAUUUUUCAGCCAAGCGAACACAGCCGCCCUUUGUACCAGCCUGGUGUAUAUGAUCAGCUUUUUGCCCUACAUAGUUCUGCUGGUUCUACGGAACGAAUUAAGUGUUGUCAUUCAGACAUUUCUGUGCCUUCUCUCCACGACCGCCUUUGGACAAGGAGUAUUUUUCAUUACAUUCCUAGAAGGGCAAGAGGCAGGGAUUCAGUGGAAUAAUAUGUACCAGGCUCCAGAACAAGCCACCAUGACAUUUGGCUGGGUUUGCUGGAUGAUUUUCUUUGAUUCAGGCCUUUAUUUUUUAUGUGGAUGGUACUUGAGCAACUUGAUUCCUGGAGCUUUCGGUUUAAGGAAACCAUGGUAUUUCCCCUUUACUGCGUCCUAUUGGAAGAACGUGUGUGGUUUGUUGCAGAAAAGGCAAUUUGCUAACAGUAAAGGUUUGUUUAUUUUCUUACAAAAUGGAUAACAUAAGGGGUCAUCGCCGCAUAACAAGGAAGGAGAGCUGGAAGGAGGCUCCCCGGGCGUCACCCUGGUGUCUGUGACCAAGGAGUAUGAGCACCACAAGGCGGCCGUCCAAGACCUGACCCUCACCUUCCACAGAGGCCAGAUCACUGCCCUGCUGGGGACCAAUGGCGCCGGGAAAACCACCGUCAUAUCCUUGUUGACGGGACUCUACCCUCCCACUUCUGGAACCAUCAUCAUCAACGGCAAGAACCUGCAGACAGACUUGUCCACGGUCAGAAGGGAGCUGGGGGUGUGUCCUCAGCAGAACGUCCUAUUUGACAACCUCACUGUUCUGGAACACCUGCUGCUCUUUGCUUCCAUAAAGGCACCACAGUGGACCAAGAAGGAGCUGCACCAGCAAGUCCAUAAAACUCUUCACGAUGUGGAGUUAACGCAGCAUCAGCACAAGCAAACCCACGCUCUCUCUGGAGGCAUGAAGAGGAAGCUCUCCAUUGGCAUAGCUUUCAUCGGCACAUCAAGGACCGUGGUUCUAGAUGAGCCUACCAGUGGGGUGGAUCCCUGCUCCCGUCGGAGCAUCUGGGACAUUAUCCUCAAGUACCGAGAAGGUCGGACGGUCAUCUUCACAACCCACCACCUGGACGAGGCUGAAGCGCUCAGUGACUGUGUGGCCAUCCUGCAGCAGGGGUGGCUCCGGUGCUGUGGUCCUCCCUUCUGUCUGAAGGAAGCUUACGGCCAGGGGCUCAGCCUGACACUCACAAAACAACCUUCUGUUCUGGAGGUUGAUGAUCCGAAGGACAUAGCUCGUGCUACGUCUCUAAUACAGACCUACAUCCCACAAGCAUUUCUCAAAGACAGCAGUGGGUGUGAGCUGAGCUAUGCCAUCCCCAAGGAUGCAGACAGAGCCUGCUUUAAAGGGCUCUUCCAGGCCUUGGAUCAGAACCUUCAUCAUCUGCACCUGACAGGCUACAGGAUUUCAGACACCACAUUAGAAGAGGUGUUUCUGAUGCUUUUGCAAGAUUCCAAAAAGCAUCCUGACACUGCCCCAGGGACCGAGUCAGAGCCACAGUUCUGCAGGCCUCCACAGCAUGCUCCUGGGUCCUGUGCGGCUCCCGCCAGCACGCCGCCCAUGCGGGGCUGCCGGCUGCUCCUCACCCAGAUGGCCGCCCUGCUGGUGACGCGGCUUCGCCACGCACGCCGGGCCUGGAGAGGCACGCUCUCGGGGCUGCUGCUGCCCGUGCUCUUUGUGGCCUUGGCCAUGGGCUUGUUCAUGGUGAGGCCAGUGGCCGUUGACUACCCUCCGCUCAAACUAACACCUGGCCAUUAUGACAGGGCCGAAGCUUACUUCUUCAGCAGCGACAGUGACAACAUGGACCUUGCCCACGUGCUUUUGCGGAAGUUUGAAGAUCAAGAUCUGCUCUGUGCGGGUUUAAACUCAGACCUGAAGAAUUCUUCAUGCUGGCACAUGGAUCCCAUUUCUCACCCGAAAGUCCAGGAUUCGUGUGGCUGCCUGAAGUGUCCGAAUGGAAGUGCCCGGGCUCCUUACCUGACCAACCGCCUGGGCCACACGCUGCUGAACCUCUCAGCCCUGCCCCUGGAGGAGUAUUUGCUGGCGCCAUCUGAAAAACCACGGCUUGGAGGUUGGUCUUUUGGAGUACGAAUCCCUGAUCAAGUUCAAGAUGCAAAUUCAAAUAUAUCACAACCAAAAACUCUGGCAAAGGUGUGGUAUAAUCAGAAGGGUUUUCAUUCCCUACCUUCCUACUUAAAUCAUCUAAACAACCUUAUUUUGUGGCGGCUCUUACCCCCUGCUGUGGACUGGCGAUCAUACGGAAUAACACUCUAUAGCCAUCCAUAUGGAGGGGCCUUGCUGAACGAGGACAAAAUCCUGGAGAGCAUCCGUCAGUGUGGUGUUGCCCUCUGCAUUGUGCUGGGAUUCUCUAUCCUGUCUGCAUCAAUCGGGAGCUCCGUAGUGAGGGACAGGGUGACUGGAGCCAAGAGGUUGCAGCACAUAUGUGGCCUGGGCUACAGAACAUACUGGUUCACUAACUUCCUGUAUGACAUGCUCUUUUACUUGGUUUCCGUCUGCCUGUGCGUCACCGUUAUUGUCGCCUUCCAGUUAACGGCUUUUACUUUCCGUGAGAACUUGGCAGCUGCGGCCCUCCUGCUGGCACUUUUCGGAUAUGCGACUCUCCCAUGGAUGUAUCUGAUGUCCAGAAUCUUUUCCAGUUCAGACGUAGCUUUCAUCUCCUAUGUCUCGGUGAACUUCAUCUUUGGCCUCUGCACCAUGCUGAUGACCAUCAUGCCCCGUUUACUGGCCAUCGUCUCCAAAGCUCAGAAUUUACAGAACAUCUAUGAUGUCCUCAAGUGGGUCUUUACUAUUUUUCCUCAAUUCUGCCUGGGUCAAGGACUGAUAGAACUCUGUUAUAAUCAGAUCAAAUAUGACCUGACCCACAACUUCGGCGUUGAUUCCUACGUGAGUCCCUUUGAGAUGAACUUCCUGGGCUGGAUCUUUGUGCAAUUGGCCUUACAAGGCACAGUUCUUCUCCUCUGGAGGAUUCUGCUGCACUGGGAUUUCCUGCAGCGGUUAAGGGGUCACUCUGCCCUCCAAGGCACAGUCACAUCUUGUAAGGACGUAGAUGUUGAAAAAGAGCAACUGAGGGUGUUGAAAGGGAGAACGAAUGGAGACAUUCUUGUGUUAUACAACCUCAGUAAAAGUUAUCAAAGAUUCUUCAAGAGGACCAUCGCUGUGCAAGAUAUUAGUUUGGGCAUACGAAGAGGAGAGUGCUUUGGGCUUCUAGGAGUGAAUGGAGCUGGGAAGAGUACCACAUUCAAAAUGCUGACUGGGGAUGUCCCUCCCACCUCAGGACAUGCUGUCAUCAGGACUCCCACGGGAGAGGAUGUGGAUCUCUCUUUUGCUGGAGCGGCAGGCAUUCGCAUUGGCUACUGUCCACAGCAGGACGCCCUGGACGAGCUCCUGACCGGCUGGGAACACCUCCGUUAUUACUGCAGCCUACGUGGGAUUCCAAAGAGGUGCAUCCCUGAGGUUGCUGGGGACUUGGUGAGGCGCUUACACCUGGAAGCCCACGUGGACAAACCCGUGGCUACAUACAGUGGGGGAACCAAGCGGAAGCUCUCUACAGCCCUGGCCCUGCUGGGGAAACCUGACCUGCUUUUAUUGGACGAGCCCAGCUCUGGGAUGGAUCCCUGCUCUAAGCGGUACCUGUGGAAAACAAUAAUGAAGGCGGUUCGGGAAGGCUGUGCUGCGGUGCUGACCUCCCACAGCAUGGAGGAGUGUGAGGCUCUUUGCACAAGACUUGCUAUAAUGGUCAACGGUAGCUUCAGGUGCCUUGGCUCUCCUCAGCACCUUAAGAAUAGGUUUGGUGAUGGUUAUACAGUCAAGGUUUGGCUCUGUAAGGAAACCAAUCAACACGGCGCUAUUUCUGACUGCUUGAAGCUCUAUUUUCCAGGAAUCCAGUUUAAGGGGCAGCGCCUUAAUUUAUUGGAAUAUCAUGUGCCAAAAGGAUGGGAAUGCUUAGCUGACUUGUUCAAAGUUCUAGAGAAUAAUAAGACCUUCUUGAAUAUCAAAUAUUACUCCAUUAACCAAACCACUCUGGAACAGGUGUUUAUUAAUUUUGCUACUGAGCAGCAGCAAACUCCGCCGUCUACUUCCGAUCCAUCCACUGACUGUCACCAGCCGCAUCACUUGCCAAUCUAA